UCCAUACUUUUUCCCAGGUAAGAAUUCAGCGAGUGACUAAUUGCUGUUCACUAAGCUUGACCACAUGGAACAGUCCGAUUCUCUUUUUCCAAAUUCAAUUAACCGUGGAACGUUCUAAUUUUGUAAUCGAACUAUUUUCUGUCGCACGUAAUGGUUUUAUUCGAAUCGGCCGAGUUUUUAAUCGAGCAUCACGUAACAACGGAGGAAAAAGAAAGUCGGGGCAAACGGCAUCGGGUAUUCAAAUACUGAUAAUAAAUUCAAAUCGUUAAGAGGUAACGAAGCACGUCGGUAGGAAAAACGAACGGCCAAGGUAGAGGCAAGAUAUCAGCGGGAAAUUUCGUAAAAUCCUCGAUGAAACCGCGCGUUCGAUUGCGAUUCGCGUUACGUCAAUCUAGCCGGAAGUGCUGUACAAUUUUUCUUUGUGCAACCUCUUCAGUGGCCGCUGCCUCGAGAUGAUUGAAACCACAGAAAUUAAUUAAUAUUCAUACUUAUUAUUAAAAAAUUCAUUGAUUGAAUCCUCAGAAACGUCAAAGGAUGAUCAAUAGCCUUCCGCAAUUUACAUAACACAGUAUAUAACAUUAACAAUGAUAUUAGAACAAGUGAGUAGUAAUUCAGUCAUUCAAGGGAAAGGCAUGACGAAUUUCUCGCAUGAUUUCAAUCCUUUUUUCGUCGAUCGAAUAGAACCGUAGCGUCGUUUCUAAACGAGGUCAAUUACACGUUCAACAGACGACAGGACGCUUCUUCGUGAAAUUCAUCUAUCGGAAUAAUUGUAAAUUUUCGAGGGUGUCAUCGCAGGCGGAAGUGUAACGAUUCUGCGGUCAACGGAGCACCGAAUAAGGGGUCCGAGAGGGUCGAACGCUAUUGGUGAAAGGGGUCCGUAUGCAAUGCAAUCGUCGUACCCCCGCCUGAUCCUGGUUCCCUGGGCCUGGGCAGGGCACCGCUAUAAAAGCAUACCGCGUCGACCCUCAGAUACGUAGUGUUUUCCCGUGUACUGCACAAGAAAAAUCACCCACGAUGAAGUUCGUCAUUGUUCUCUUCGCCCUUGUGGCUGCAGCUAGUGCCUACCCUGGCUAUUUGCAUGCACCGAUCGCGCAGCCAUGGCCAGCGCCCCAGCCUUGGCCAGCACCUUCGUAUUAUAAGGUUGCUGCAGCGCCAAUAGUCAAGGUAUCGGCACCGGUACACGCUCCGGAAGUGCACCAGGUGCUGCAGAUCCCGCAGCAGGCGUCGAUCCCGGCGCCACAUCCCCAGCCCUUGAACAUUAAGAUCCCGCACGUGCAGAGCGUGAAGAUCCCGUACCACUCGGCGGGUAUCCCGCACCCGCACUUGAUCGGCGUCGAGAAGUACGUGGAGCCCGUGAAGAUAGUCAAGGCACCCGUCUCCCAUCACCCGUGGGACUAAGGUUCCGCUUGGCACGAACCGAACCCGCCGGCCCAGGGCGAUCCAUCCUGGACAGCCGUCCUGAGGCGAAUCCGGAGUAGCGACGCUUUACGAACAACCACGGCCAUUAUCGAAAUUCCCCUGGCGUUAAAGAAGCUCAGGAUGAUAUACAUUUGAAGGUGCAAUCGUCGUCAGAAUAAAUCGGUUCUUCGUUUCGAGGGAAAAAAAUUGAGGAGAGUCAGAAAUUGAAUCAGUAUUAUCCAUCGAACGGAGGGCGAGGUACGUCGAGCUUGCGAAAGUCAACUGCCUCAGGAUCGGCGAGAUUUUUGACACCCGAACACCUCCGACAUUCAUUCUUGAAAGCAGCUUAUUUUGCAUAAUCAUUAUUGCGCGGUUUAUAAAAAUUGGCGGCACGUGGAUACGAGGAAGACAACGGAGGAGCCUUCAUUGUAUAUCUUCUUCACUUCUUUCCGCCCAUCCCUCUACCCCCAAAUACAUUCUGCAAGAUCACUUUUAUUUAUUUUCUAAUAAAAGUUCAUUUUUAUGUCUUGUGAUAAAAAUGA